AUGGCCAAUAAACCUGCCCUGCUAGCCAUCCUCUUCGGAUUUGGGGCCAUCUUUUGGCAACUCGUCCUCCGCGAUGCCAUCUACAAUGGUGCAGGGCUUGGCCGCAAAGUACAGCCAAUCUCAGACUUUCCAUACAGAUGCCAUCGCAUAAGUGGAGACCCCAUUAUUCAAGCUUGCGAAGACAUGUGGCUGGACCAGAAGUCCAGGACAUUGUAUUUGGCGUGCUCGGACUCGUCGGCGAGAAAGCAGUGGAUGCCAAACAUUCAUCGGCUCAAUGCGUCAGGGAGAGCGCUGAAUGACCAUGUCGUGGCCAUGGAUAUCGACCACCCGAACCGGCAAGGAGGAUAUGCUUACCGCGUUCUGAAGACACCGGGUUUUGCUGGUGUACAUGGCGACGGGCGAAUGCACGUCGUAGGAAUGACCGGCACGACUUCAGCCGAUGGGUCCAAGACCCAGAUUUGGCUGGUCAAUGCAAAACCCUCGGUCAACACGCAGACAGGAGAACUGCUCGACAAUGCUGCUGCCGGCGCAAAUUCGACGAUUGAGGUGUUUGAAAUUCCGCGGGGGUCCGAUAGCAUGGUACACCUGCGGACAUAUGCUGACUCACAGAUUGCGACCCCGAACAACGUUGCUGUGGCAGAAGAUGGUGGGUUCUUCUUUACGAACGAUCAUGGGCCUCACAAGGUCGGCUGGCAACACCAUUUGUCCAGUUUCAUUGGGACGGGCGACGUCUCCUACUGCUCGUCAGCUGGCGCGUGCAAGAAAGUUGCUCAUGGCUUCAAAUUCCCCAAUGGCCUGCAUUAUAGCAGCGACGGACUCCUCUAUGUGCCCAGUGCGGCUAUAGGAGGCAUAACCGUGUUCAGACCGAAGCCCGAUGGUUCAGUGCUUCGGGUCCAUUUCAUCGACCUGGAUUAUCCCAUUGACAACCUGUCCGAGGACAGCAUAGGGGACAUCUACGCCGCCGCCUUGCCCAAGGGUAUGCAAGCGCUGGCUGCUUUCGAAGAUCCUUUGAACCCAAAGAGCGCACCUGCCGCGGUAUGGCGAAUCAGGAGGUUGAACGGGAACGUGGCGGACAAGUACAAGUAUGAAUUGACAAAAGUCAUUGAAGAUGCCGAAGGGGUGCUUCUGCCGGGUACGACGACUUGUAUUCAUGAUGCCAAGACGGGCAGGUUAUUCCUGAGUGGUGAGUUGAGUCUCCGUGAUGAUUCUCGUCGUGUCGUAUAA